GAAAUAGCCUAUUGUUGAAUUAAUGAUAUAAUAACUUGUUUGAAAUAUAUAUAGAUACUUUUAAAGGGUUGUGCAAUAUUUUGUCUUAGUUAUUUUCAAAUAUGUGUCUGCAAGCUACCGUAUUGUACUUGUACUUAAAAGAAAUUAAAUAAGUGUUUAGCUAAUGUUGAAUGUGAGUUUACAGUUUAGUUUACUGUGUGUUUUAAAUUUAUCGUUCAAUAAUUUAUUGUUUGUAGCAGCCCUAAUGGCAAGUCAAAGAAAGGGGUCUUCUGAAACUGCUCCUUCAGAUUCUGGAUUUUUAAAGCAGUUUCAUCAUUUACCAAAAUUAGUGGUUUUUGAUUUAGAUUACACUCUGUGGCCAUAUUGGGUUGAUACUCACAUUGAUCUCCCUAUAAGGAAAACCAGUGAUGGAACAGUCUGUGAUAGAAGAGGAACAAAACUGAAAAUUUAUGCAGAAACAAAGAAAGUUUUGGAAACUCUUAAAGAGAACAAGAUUUUAAUAGCAGCUGCUUCAAGAACACAGGAGCCCCCAGCAGCUAGGGACAUGUUGAAAUAUUUCGAUAUUGACAAAUAUUUUGACUUUAAAGAGAUUUACCCAGGAGAAAAGACGGCACAUUUUCAUAGAUUUUACACUUUGGCCAUUCCAUGUAGACAAGCUGAAGCCACCACUAAGACCUCUAAAUUUCUGUUUCACUGUUACAGAGAUGGUAAUAGUGUGGACUCUGAACUGAAUCUUAUUUCUUUGUAUCCGGAAGUGAAGGAUAUACUACAAUCUAUGUCAAAACACUUCCUACUAGCAGUGGCUUCCAGAGUGGAAGAUAUUACUGUGGCAUAUCAGUUGCUGAGCUUUUGUCAAAUUAGUUCAUACUUUCCUUUGAAGGAAAUCUAUCCCACUUCUAAAUCAAUUCAUUUAAAAAGGUUACAAGCAAGAAGUGGACAUCAUGCACAUGAAAUGUUGUUCUUUGAUGAUGACAAAAGAAACAUCAGAGAUUCUAAAAAUAUUGGAGUACAAGCAGUUCAAGUGUUGAAUGGUCUAUCAUGGCAUGUUGUCAUUGAAGGCCUUUCACUGUUUUCCCAGUCUCAAUCUAGUAUAUAAAAUAGGCAUAUAUCUACAGGAAGAGCAAGCCAUAUGAUCCAAAGGCAACAAAAUCAACUUCCUUGUCUCUCAAAAGCAUUUCUGAAGGGUUUUUAGAAUGAAAAUCACAUAUAAUAAACAAUAUUUCAAUAAAUA